AUGACAAGCGUAUGUAAGUUUUGUCGUGCAUUGAAAUUCGCAAACGAAAGUCCAGGAAUGUGCUGUGCCGGGGGCAAGGUCAAACUACUCGAUUUACACCCACCACCUGAGCCGUUGUCAACUCUGAUGAGCGGACAAACGAAGAAAUCGCAGCAUUUUUUAGCCAAUAUUCGCAUGUACAAUUCAUGUUUUCAAAUGACAUCAUUUGGUGCGACUGAAAUCAUACGUGGGUCCUACAUGCCGAGCUUCAAAAUCCAAGGUCAGGUGUAUCAUCGUCAUGGGUCUCUUUUGCCAUUGCUGGAUGCCGAUCAUGAGUUUCUCCAAAUUUAUUUUAUGGGAAACGCCGAGGAACAGGUCGAUCGACGAUGCAGUAUCCAUUCUGGUACAGAUAGGGAAAUCGUUGGUUCUUUACAAAAGCUCUUCCAUCAGUACAACAGGAUGGUGAAGCUGUUCACGAUCGCUCUGGAACGCAUGCCAGCUGAUGAUUAUGUGGUUGUCAUAAGAGCGGACAAGACGCCGGCGGGGGAACACGAAAAGCGAUACAAUGCUCCCACAAUCAAUGAAGUAGCAAUCGUGAUAGCUGGAGAGGAAUUUAAGUCCCGUGACAUAAUUCUUCAUCGCAGGAAUGGUGACCUCCAAAGAGUCUCUGAAACACAUCGUUCCUACGACGCUUUACAGUACCCGAUCAUAUUUUGGUCAAGGGGAUGA